CCUCGCCGUCGUUACUACUCUUACCCACCCAAAUCGAAACAAGGAAGCGACUUACGACGUUUCUUGGGUUUUAGAAGAAUUUAUUACGUGUAUGACGAAGGCGUUGCGCCGCCCGUGCCUCCCACGCGCUUCCCGCUUUACCUGUGACCAAAUUUGGCAUCGGAGCUGGAAGGGAAAAGAAGAGGUCUCACUCAGCCCGAGUUUGUGAGACCAACAACAAAAAAGAGUGUAACCGCACCAGGAAAUGUUGGGAUAUAGUAUAACUUUCUGUUAAAAACAUUUUGUUUUUUAAAGAUUAUGUCAGACAUAAUAACUAUAUGAGAAGAAAAAGUCUAUUAUUACUACGUCAUAUGUGUCGUUGUAUUAGUCAUAUGUUCCACUUCAUUAUGUAGAGAAAAUCCUGUGUUUUUAUUGGGCCAACAAAGAAUAGACGAUCUUCGCGCGAGGCUGUUUCUAGAAGGUGGCGCAGGUUCACACAUGUCUUCAUCCCGCGAUCCAGGUUUGGCCGGCGGAUGGGUGUGGUUCCUCAUGCUGAGGGAAGUUUCAUCAGAUGGUCGGGUUGGUGCAUAGUUCUAGGCCUGCGCACUAACAGCUGAAGGACGAGUGACAUCGCGAACUAGAGGUGCCAUGGACGCGUAGUGGGAUAGUGGUGUUUGGUUGUCUUUUAAAUUUGUUCAUUUACACUGUUUGGAAAGGUAGAAAGGUGUCUGAGGCAGGAACAUUGGGCGCUAAUACAGAAUCAAGAACAUGGGGCUUCUUCAGCUGCUAAAAUCCCAGUUCUUGUGCCACCUGAUCAUCUGCUAUGUCUUCCUGGUCAGCGGCCUUAUUAUCAACCUGUUGCAGCUUUGUACUUUACCUGUGUGGCUGGUCAGUAAGCAGCUGGCCCGCAGAAUCAACAUCAGACUGGCCUACUGCAUCUCCAGCCAGAUGGUUGCUAUCUUGGAGUGGUGGUCUGGGACAGAGUGCACACUCUACACUGACCCAAAGAGUUAUCCACUGUAUGGAGAAGAAAAUGCCAUUGUGGUUCUCAACCACGCUUUCGAGAUAGACUUCCUGUGUGGUUGGACCUUCUGUGAGAGAUUUGGAGUUCUUGGGAGCUCAAAAGUGUUAGCCAAAAAACAGCUGGCUUAUGUGCCGAUCAUCGGCUGGAUGUGGUACUUCUUGGAGAUAGUUUUCUGCAAAAGAAAAUGGGAGGAAGAUCGAAGGACGGUGAAUGAGAGUCUUGAGAAACUGCGGGAUUACCCAGAAAACUUCUGGUUCUUGCUUUAUUGCGAAGGGACACGCUUCACACCAGAGAAGCACCAGGUCAGCAUGCAGGUGGCUGAAAGCAAAGGGUUGCCCAAACUAAAGUAUCAUCUUUUGCCCAGAACCAAAGGAUUCUGGGUAACAGUUCAGAGCCUCAGAGGGACGGCUGCGGCUGUUUACGAUUCCACGCUGAACUUCAGAAACAAUGAAAUGCCGACUUUGCUGGGGCUUCUUAACGGGAAAAAAUAUCACGCAGAUUUAUAUGUGAGGAGAAUUCCUCUAGAGUUGAUCCCAGAAGAUGAGAAGGAGUGUGCUGAGUGGCUCCACAAACUUUACCAGGAGAAGGAUAGCUUUCAAGAGCACUACGCAAAGACUGGGCGCUUCCCGGGCCCCAUAAUGAGUCCUCCUCGUCGACCAUGGUCCUUGAUCAACUGGCUAUUCUGGUCCUGCCUGCUCCUGUACCCUCUAGGCCUGCUGCUCACUCAGCUGAUCAGCUCUGGAUCAGUAUUUACCAUCGUAGCUUCCGUGGCUGUCUGCUCUGCAGCUUCACUGGGAGUUCGCUGGAUGAUUGGCCAGACUGAGAUAAAAAGAGCCUCAAACUAUGGGAAUAAGGAGGUUUCUCUAAACAACAACUAGUGGAUUCUGGAAACUGCCUCUUUUUAUUGCAGAGCUACUAAUCUGCAAACUGCCGUCAGGAAAACUUGUGCCAACACAGUCCUGCCAGACUGCCAUUUACAAGUGCAGACCUGCUUCAAAGCAAGCGCAGACAGAAUAGUUUUACACUAACGCUAUGCUGCGAAAGGCUGGAGACUUAGUAAGCAGGUUAAACGAAGGAGUGCUAAGAUGAAAUGCAGAUUAAAAUCAGAGUAUAUUUGAGAACAGCCAAGACCAACAUUUGCUAUAGAAACAAAUUUAAUUCAACCAAAAGGCAAGUGGACUACCUCUAUGAUUGCACUGUAAUGCACAGAUGACAUUUAGGAGGUGAGAGAAAAUAAAAAUUUUGCACAAAAAA